AUCGCCUUCCCUUCUAGUGUGCCUGUUGUGUUACUAGCUGCUCUGCUCUGCUCCACUCCAUUUGCACUGUCCUUCACGACCCUCUCUCCCGACCGAACUCGCAUCGCAACUCCGUCAUCGAGCUCGUUUCCCGCCGCGGCUGCUGUCAUCUCCUCCGGACAUCAACACCCACCACUCCCCAUCACCAUCACCAUCACCAUCACCAUCAUCAUCCAUCGCCAUCACCAUCGCCAUCGCCAUCACCACUCGAGCACGCGCCAUCCCACUCUCCACAGCACGUGCGACGCAUGAUGGUCGGCUUGACAUCUGCUGCCGGUCUUGUCGGGUUCCUGACUGAAAAGGACCCGCAACUGCAGGCGUUUGCGCUCGAACGCCUCAACGAUGAGGUGGACACGGUCUGGACAGAGGUCUCGGGCUCCAUCGGUACAAUAGAAGCACUCUACGAGGACGACAACUUCAGCCACCGCGAAUUGGCCGCUCUGGUCCUGUCCAAGGUCUACUACCAGCUGCAGGAAUAUGACGAAUCCAUGGUCUUUGCCCUCGGCGCCGGCAAGCUGUUCGACUGGAAGUCCGAGGACGCUGGCGAAUACGAAGAGACCAUCCUCGCAAAAUGCGUCGACACCUAUAUCUCUCUUUGUGCCCUGCACAACCCUCCAACGCCUGCGUCUGCCACUGGUCGCCAUGGUUCCGCCGACAUCGAUAAUGCCGCUACAGCUUCCCCCACUACGCCCUUUUCGCAGGCUGCCAUUCCGUCAAAGUCACUUUUGGCGCGCCAGGACGAGCAGGCCUGGGACUCGUCUGCCCCAGGAGGAGGAAACGCAGGUGUUGCGGGAGCUCAUCCACAUCCUUUGACCUUGCAAAACCAAACGAAGAAGGCACUGCAGAACGUGGUCAAACGCAUCUUCGAGAGCUGCUACGAGGUUGGCGCCUACAAGCAGGUCAUUGGUAUUGCAGUGGAAGCCCGCAACAUGGACGUAUUGAGGGAAGCUAUCUUGCGUUCUAGCAGGGCAGAUUCUAGCAAGGGCAAGAAACCGGCAGUAGGAGGUCAGACCCAGGACCUGAUGGAGUACGUGCUGGACAUCUGCAUGAAUGUGGUACAAGAGCGCGGGUUACGGAAUGAGAUCCUGAAGCUGAUACUGGAUCUUCUGAACGAGAUCCCCAGCCCUGACUAUUUUGCCAUUGCGCGAUGCGUGGUAUACUUGAACCAGCAAUCCAUGGCCUCCGACAUGCUGCGCACACUCGUGCAAAAGGGCGAUGGCAAAUCUCUGGCGAUUGCGUACCAGCUGUCCUUUGAUCUAUAUGAAAAUGGCACGCAAGAGUUUUUGCAGAAGAUUAUGGAUGAACUGCCAGAAGAAGAGACCGAUGGAAGCCAUAUGAAUGGCAGCGCUGUGCGGCCCUCCACUCCUCAUCCUAACCAGAACGAAGAAGCCAGCGAAUCUGAUCAGCUCUUGUCCGAGCUCAACGACUCUGCUGGCGCACCCCCGACUUCGACGGUCGUAACAUCGAGAACGAGACCAAAGCCUGAUGACGAAAAGCAGGACAAAGCGUACAAGUCAAUCCGAAACAUUUUGCGCGGCACGACAAGCAUUGAGCUGAACAUGGAGUUCUUGUUCCGCCAAGCACACACAGAUCGUGCCAUCCUGAACAAGGUCAGAGACUCCUUGGAGGCGCGAAACAGCAUCUUCCAUACGUCUGUCACCUUCACCAACGCGUUCAUGAACGCAGGCACCACCGUGGACAGCUUUUUCCGCGACAAUCUAGAGUGGCUGGGUAAAGCUGUCAAUUGGAGUAAGUUUACUGCAACUGCUGCCCUUGGAGUCAUUCACCGCGGCAACAUCAACAAUGGCCAGAAGUUGCUCGACCCAUAUCUGCCCAAGGACAAUGCCCAGGCCAGCUCCGGUAGCACUUAUAGUCAAGGAGGCUCUUUGUAUGCCUUGGGACUCAUCUACACCAACCACGGUACAGACGUUCUCGACUACCUGCGUCGUCAGUUCAAGAACACACAAGAAGAGGUCGUGCAACACGGAGGUGCUCUUGGUCUUGGUACUGCCGGUAUGGCGACUGGAUCGGAAGAAAUUUAUGACGAGCUCAAGAACGUCCUUUACGCCGACUCCGCAAUCAACGGCGAGGCAGUCGGCCUUGCCAUGGGGCUUGUCAUGCUUGGCACGGGCAAUGUCCGCGCUCUCGAUGACAUGAUUCAAUACGCUCACGACACGCAGCACGAGAAGAUUGUCCGCGGUCUUGCAUUGGGUGUUGCUCUGAUUAUGUACAACAGACAGGAAGGUGCCGACGAGCUCAUCCAAGGACUUCUCGAGGAUGCUGAUCCGGCUCUCCGCUACGGCGGUAUCAUGACGAUUGCGCUUGCGUAUGCUGGCAGCGGCAGCAACAAGGCGGUACGCAAGCUUCUGCAUGUUGCUGUUUCGGACGUCAGUGAUGAUGUCCGACGAGUCGCAGUGAUGAGCUUGGGCUUCGUGCUAUUCCGCAAGCCUGGGAGUGUGCCGAGAAUGGUUGAGCUGCUGUCAGAGAGCUACAACCCACACGUGCGUUACGGUGCCACAAUGGCGCUGGGUAUCGCAUGUGCCGGCACUGGCCUGGACGAGGCUAUCGACUUGCUCGAGCCAAUGAUGAAGGACUCGGUUGAUUUCGUGCGACAAGGCGCAUACAUUUCAAUGGCCAUGAUUUUGGUACAACAGAACGAGAUUAUGAACCCUAAAGUCACAGCACUACGGAAGCAGUUGCAAAAGGCCAUUGCCGACAGACACGAGGAUGCUAUGGCGAAGUUUGGAUGUGCACUCGCUCUCGGCAUCAUCGAUGCUGGCGGUCGCAACUGUACCAUCGGCCUGCAGACACAGACUGGCAACCUCAACAUGACUGGCAUCGUGGGAAUGGCCGUGUUCUUACAAUACUGGUAUUGGUUUCCACUGACCCACUUCCUGGCAUUGUCGUUCACCCCGACGGCCAUCAUUGGCGUCGACUCCAACCUCGAGAUCCCCAGCUUCAAGUUCCACAGCAACACCCGGCCCAGCCAGUUUGAUUACCCACCUGAGGUUGAGGUGAAGACGGAAGAAGCUCCGGAGAAGGUUAAGACGGCUGUCCUUUCCACGACCGUGCAAGCCAAGCGCCGAAAGGCUGCCAAGGACAAGCAGAACCGGCGUGAGAGCAUGGAUGUUGAUCACACGCCUGAGACACCCAAGCCCGAUGCUGAUGGCGACAAGAUGGACACGGAUGACAACGUCAUCGAUACCAGCAAGCUGGGCGAGGAUGGCGAAAAGGACGGCAGGAAGAAGAUGGAAAAAGAAAAGGUCGGGUAUGAGCUCGAGAACAUGAGCCGUGUCCUCCCUGCACAGAUCCGGUACAUCAGCUUUUCUCCCGAGGGGCGGUAUCAGCCCGUCAAAAAGCCCACUGGUGGAGUGAUUUUGCUGAAUGAUACUCGGCCCAAUGAGCCGAGAUCUCUUCUCGAACUGAAAGCCAAGAAGAAGACUGCUGCGGCUGCGCCCGCACCUGGUGCUGGUGGCAACGCGACGUCGGGAACUCGCGACACUGACAUGGGCGGCUUCGAAGCUGCACUCGCGAGCGCUGGGCUUUCGGGGGCAGCCGCGGGAGCUGGCGUUUUGACAGCUGUUGAUGAAGACGACGAUGGGCAGGAAGCACCUGUGCCAGACGCCUUUGAGGUGGAUGAGGACGAGGCCGAAGAGGAAUAGGUUCUGCUUCCCAACCGUCAUUUGCAUCCCAGCCUCCGCAGACCGGUGGCGCCCGAGACGAUGCAAACCCCGGUAGGAUCCGACAGUGCGACGAUACCAAGCUCGGGUGGAGUUUCACGCGAGUUUGACAAUCUUACCAUGGAGGACAUGGAGCGAAGGAGAAGAGAGGCGUUGGCGGAUCCUGAAGAACGGCUUGCCGAGUUUCUGGGGGAUGAUCCUGCGGACAGGGAGUACUUUGACAGCACCGAAGACGAUACCGAUACUAAUUAGGUAGUUCUCAAAGGAGUAGCAAGCACAUGGGCGUGUUGAGCAGCAGUGAGGAGCAGCAUUUCCUGCAUCGAGGGUGUACUAUGGGCGUGUAAAGUAUUGUGGGCCGCUGUUUGUCGCUCACGUGGAGCCCGUAGGAAGAUACAGUAUGUAGUAUACUUACCUAUACUUAUAGCAUAGACACUAUGUCUUUCUCUCUU